AUGAGGUGAACUGUCAUACAGAUUAUAAAAUAAGCUUUUAUUGUUAUGUAUUUCAUUUAUGAAAAUGUAUGCACAGGUCGGCCAGGUAUAUAUAUAUAUAUAAAUUUGAAGUCUUUCAUGAACGUCCAGUGUGAGUUAGUCGAUGUCAGAGCGAUUGUUGUCAAUGACAAGCUCAAGCUGGAUCUAAAGUCAUGGCGUUAAUCAGAAGAAGUUGUGGCGCUGUGGUUCGGUAUUCGUCUAAUCAUCUGAUUUUACAGUCAAAAUGCUUUGAGGGGUCUAAUGUUUACUGUAGCAGACUGACCACUGCUGCCAACACGUCAUCCACGCUCAAUGAGAGGAAGAAAGACAUUAAAGAGGAUGGACUGAACCUGCAGGACUUCAUAUCUGGAGAUCUGUCAGAAAAGAGCAAGUGGGAGGAAUACAGAGGCAACCUGAAAAGACAUAAGGGAGAAAGGCUGAGGCUACCACCAUGGCUAAAAACAGAGAUCCCUAUAGGAAAGAACUACAACAAACUGAAGAACACACUUAGAGAACUGAACCUGCACACAGUCUGCGAGGAGGCCCGUUGUCCUAAUAUUGGGGAAUGUUGGGGCGGAGGAGAGUAUGCCACUUCCACAGCAACAAUUAUGUUAAUGGGGGACACAUGCACACGUGGCUGUAGGUUUUGUUCAGUUAAAACAGCGAGACGUCCGCCACCUCUUGAUCCUGAGGAGCCAUACAACACAGCUAAAGCCAUUGCAGCAUGGGGUCUGGACUAUGUAGUACUCACAUCAGUGGAUAGAGAUGACAUUCCUGAUGGUGGGGCUGAACACUUUGCAAAGACUGUGUCCAACCUUAAAGAAAGGAACCCUAAAAUCCUGGUAGAGUGUUUGACACCUGAUUUCCGUGGUGAUCUGGCAGCAGUGGAGAAAAUUGCUUUGUCUGGGCUUGAUGUUUAUGCUCACAAUGUAGAGACCGUCAGAGAUUUACAGAGGCAUGUGCGUGACCCCCGUGCAAACUUCGACCAAUCACUGAGUGUUUUACGGCAUGCUAAAAAGGUGAAACCCAGUGUACUCACGAAGACAUCCAUCAUGCUGGGGCUUGGAGAGACAGACGCACAGAUACAUGCAGCUCUGAAAGAAUUGUGGGACGCUGGGGUGGACUGUCUAACACUGGGGCAGUACAUGCAACCAACCAAACGCCAUCUCAAGGUGGAAGAGUAUGUUACUCCUGAGAAGUUUGCAUACUGGGAGAAGGUUGGGCAGGAGAUGGGCUUCGUCUACACAGCCAGUGGGCCACUUGUGCGUUCCUCUUACAAAGCAGGUGAGUUCUUUUUGAAGAAUCUGCUGGAAAAGAGGAAGACCGAAGGAACCACAGAAGCAGCAGAGUAAACCUACUGAACAUCAUCUGUCUACAGUAUAAAAACUAGUGGGAUAGUUCACCCAAAAAUGAAAAUUCUGCUAUUAAUUACUUACCCUCGUGUCAUUCCAAGCCCAUAAGACCUUCAUUCAUGUACAGUACAAAAAUUAAGAUAUUUUUGAUGAAAUCCUGCAUAGACAGCAAUGCAACUGACACGUUCAAGGCCCAGAAAGGUAGUAAGGACAUUGUUAAAAUAGUCCAUGUGACUAUUUGUUCAACCGUAAUGUUAUGAAACUAACUUUUUGUGCAUAAAGAAAAUCAAAAUAACUUGAAACGUGUCAGUUCCGUUGCUGUCUAUUCAGGGUCAGAAAGCUCUCAGAAUUCAUCACAAAUAUCUUAAUUUGUGUUCUGAAGAUGAACGAAGGUCUUGGUUUGGAACAUGAGGGUGAGUAAUUAAUGUCAGAAGUUUCAUUUUUGGGUGAACUGUCGCUUUAAGUAAAUAUAUUACAAAAUAAAAUUCAUUAUGUUGCAGUAGCUCUACAAACAUAAUGUUGUUUUAGAAACGGGUGAAAGAUCUAUAUGUUGUGCAUCAUUUGUCAAAGAUCAUGUUAAUUGUGUAUUUUUGCUUCAGCCAUUAUUGGCUUCCAUAUUUUAACCUGUGAAAUGAGUAGACAAUACUGCUUCUUUUCAUUGGUCCAUAUUUAUUUAAGAAAUACAUUUCUGCAAUAAUUGCACAUGACUAUUACAAACCUGUACAGUAAGAGAUGAUUGUAUAAAAGCUACAACUGUGACUCAAUAUCAUACACAGUGCAGGUCAAACAAUACAUAUCAGAGGAUUAAUAAAGGAUUAAUAACUGGUUGACACAAAC